CAGAAUCUCAGGGUCGCCUUUGGGGGUGUAACUGGCGGUUAUUUCCAUUCUGACGUAUUUCCAACUCAUCUGUUUAAACCUGUUCUUGCUAAGAUGAUGCAAUUUAUGAUCUUGUUUAGCCGCCAGGGAAAAUUAAGGCUCCAAAAGUGGUAUAUUUCCUAUUCUGAAAAAGAAAAGAAAAAAAUUUUACGCGAUCUCACUACAAUUGUGCUUUCACGAAAGCCAAAAAUGUGUUCAUUUAUUGAAUGGAAGGACUUGAAAGUUGUUUAUCGUCGGCACGUUCAUUCUGGUUUUAUAAUUAACGUUUUUAGUUAUGCUAGUCUAUACUUCUGUGCUGCAGUUGAACCCCAGGACAAUGAGCUAUUGACUUUGGAAAUAAUCCACAGAUAUGUGGAACUUUUAGAUAAGUAUUUUGGUAGCGUAAGUUGAACCUCUAGAGUUUUCAUGUUAUUUCAGUAUAUUUUCAUAACAUUGCGAAGACAGGUUAUCCAUAUCCUAGUCGUAUAAAUAAAAAUCAAGAGGUUUCAAACGACUCUAUUUUUAUGCUUGUUGGAACCCAUAACAAUUAUAUUUUUUUCCCAAAGAAGUCUCGUAUUGAUCAUAAUCCUCUUAAAUGAAAUUAACAUCUGUUUGUGUCUGGAUAGGUCAAACUAAAACCGAUUUGAAUGGAACGUUAAGUUUUGUAGUAAAUCUAGUGCCUUACCAGGAGGAAUUUAGGUCUUUUAGUUAUUAGACUCAUUUGAAAACGGUUAGUCUUGGUAUUUUUCCACUUCUUUUUGACAAUAGAUUGCAUUUCCGAAACCCGCCCUACUUGAUUCGGUUUGGGCAGCUGUAGUGUAUCAGCACUGCACCGGAAGCUGCGGGUCGCAUAAAAACACGUAUACGUGUUGUUGAAGGGUGAAAGCAGUUAGGCUGUAGCUUUAUUGUAGUUUUUGAUCGAUCUAAAGCUUUAAUAGAGUGCUACGCAAUUAGGUGCUAUAUAUACAUGACCAUAAUCAACCUUUUCAGACUUAAAUUCUUGUACAUUUUGUUAAAAAAGCCUAUAGAACGAGAAAAAUUUCUCUUCAAUUAGUUUUCCCACGAUUCCAUAUAUAUGUAGUUCGCGACAAUGAAAUAGUACCCAUCAAGUAGUUGUAUUACUCAAUAAAUGUAUAAUGCCACCUUGAUUAUCAAAUACCACUGAGUAGUCGGAACAAAAAAUCAUGGUAAAAGCAAUCGUCCGAAAAAUCAUACAGUUGCUACAUUGCAUAAUUACGUAACACAGCCACUCGAUCAGUAUUAUUUUACUCUAAAUGAUAUAUAUAUAUAUAUAUAUAUAGAGAGAGAGAGAGAGAGCUAUGAUGAAAAAUUAGUUGAAUAUCAGUUUCACUUUUCCUAUUCGUCCUUUUUACUACGAUUUAAGGUGGGGAUCUUCAGUACUGUCGUACUUUCUUACUUGUUUGUUUACAGUUGGUUUAAAUUCGUUUCAAAAAUUGCUUCCAUUGCUUUUAAGGUACAUUUUGAUCCGUAGAUUGGAAAUGCAAUAAUCCAAGAUGUUAGAGUGUGAUGCUUUAUAUGUUUUAGCCUACUGCCACAACCACACUUGAUACUAAGAACCAUAGAAAAACACUAAUUCUUCACAAUAUAAGAAACUAGUGUGCUACAGGUAGAUACGUUCUCAUGGAACACAACGUCAUAAGGGUUUGUUCAGCGAUCUGAUAAACAAGAUGGGGUUCCAGGAUUUGAUGGCCUGAGUGAUAAAUUGUACACUCUACACAACUAGCUCCAGAAGAUCACUUGGACUAUUGCAUACGCUGUCGUUCUCUCUCACUUUCAUUUGUCUCUCCCUGGCCUUUAAUCAUUUAUGAUUCGCUGCUAUGAUUUUCUCUUACUGAUCCCAAGUGAAACAGUUAAAAGUAAUUUGUAUUUCCACUGUAAUUAUUAUUGUUUCUGUUUCCAAAACUUGCUGCACCCUAGUAUUUUUCCAUCUCUUGGCCUAGUCAAAAAAUAUUUCGUAAAUAGUAAAACACUAUGCGAUAAUUCUGAACAUUUGAGUGCAGGUUAAUAUAACUCAAUAGUCAAUUACAUUCUUCGUACUCAACCUAGGAUCACACUCUGUGAGCUACCCAAAGCAAAGUAGAUAAGGCGAGUUUCUAAAUUCAAACCAACUGCUUCAAAGAUUGAGUGCGCGCUUUUGAAUACCAACUUAACGUAUUUAAAAUGUCAAUCAAAUUUAAGAGAUCACCAUUUUUUUUCUUUAUGCGGUAAUUAAUAUCUGACUUAUAUUUUCGAUUAGGUUUGUGAACUCGACAUUAUAUUCCAUUUUGAAAAGGCAUACUACGUAUUAGAUGAGUUUAUGUUGGGAGGAGAAGUUCAGGAGACUGGCAAAGAAAGCGCUUUAAACGACAUUGACAUGCAAGAUUUAAUUCAAGAGGAAGAGGCACCUCAAGGAUUUUUCGAAGAACAAGGAGGAGUGUAAAACCAAAGAAGAACAAGCUGAUAUAAGUGUGGUUGAUGUUUCUGGAUUUUAAAAUCAUUUCUGUUUCCUUCAGAGAUAAUAAAUGAUUUGUUUAAUUUGCGUAUACAUUUACUUCAAGAUAAAAGUAUACGAUGUGUUCGUAAGUAAAUUGUGCAAAGUACUCAAAAAUUAUUUACUUCUUGCAAACUUUUUUCUCUGCUCACUUUUCUAUUGUUUUACUUAAUUUUCAAAUGCAAAUUUUAACCUCUCUCAGCAACACAUGUAUACAGUUAAGUUAGUUUUUUUCUGUUCAUUCCCUUUAUUAAAUUAUCAGUUAACUUUUUUUAAAAUGUAAUUUCCCUACAUAUGCCUUUCAUUUAAAAGAAAAAAGACAUUCUACUGCUCAAACCAAUUUUGCAUAUCAUUGUUUUACAAGAAACUAUUACUAUUACCUCUGAUAUUACGAUUUACUUCCUGUUGUUGUUGUGGUGGUGGUUUUGUAUAUUUGAUCAACAUUCCAAGUAAAUUUAAUUAUUUAUUUUGUAUUAUUAGCUCUGUUUUGUAAUGGUGAUAACUUUUUUAUUUUUAAAUAGUUUUAUUGUAUCGUUUUUGUGACAUUUACUUCAAUGAAAACGGUCCUUUCUUCUUUUUUUUUAAUAUGCAUUUUAUAUCAUGUUUGUAUUUUUCUGCGUCAUUGGUUAAACUUUCAUCUGUUCAAUGUGUGUGACUGCUCGAAGGCUGUGAUGAUAAUUAGUAUACAUUUGGUAGUAGGAAUAAGUAAUUAUAAUAAAUAUUCCUAACUAGACGAACCUUAAAGUUCACACUGUUAUAUUGUCUUUUAUAGUGUUUACUUGAUGUUAUUGUGUGAUGAAAUGUACUGAAACUAUCGUAUUUGUAUACACUGAUCUGGCUAGCAACCACAUUUAUAAAUUUAUACACACUUCAUUGACCUCAUAUGUUCCUUCAAAAUGUGCAUGAUUACUUACAGACCUUAAAACUCAG